AUGAAGGUGACGAAUAGCACGAGCAGUAGACUGAAAAGGGUUCCAUUCUCUCUAAUAAACAGAACAGCGGCAUUAGCAUCACGAAGAAGAAGCUUAACGAGGCUAAGCUUUCUUAUUCAACAUUUUUUGACAUAUUUUCGUAAUUAUUUCAUUUUACGCCAUAGCCAGAUACCAACAGAAGAUGAGCUUAAUGGAACGAUGAUGAAAAAAGGAAAAAAAACGCAAGAAAAGCUUCUGAUAAUAAACAGAAAACAUGGCGAAUUUGUAAGACUCAUCGUCAUAAACGCUUUAAUGGUUUGA